AAACAAAAAAAGACUGCUUCUCUUCUUGGCUGGGUAGUACAUAGGUGUCCUUCCGCGUCGCGUCCGGAACUGCGGUGGCUGGGCUAGCGCUAGUGGGAAAACAUUUUUUCGCGGACAUCGACCAUAUAUACUACCGGGGGUACAUACAGUACAGUAUAGUACCGGUACAACCGGGUAUACAGGGCCAGGGCUGCAUAUAUAUAUAUGCGGCACGCGUGGUCCGCGGAAUUUUUUAGCCAGAAAAGUUCCUCGACGCUGAAAUAACCAUGCAUCGUUCUAAAAGUGGUCACUCAAGUCGCAAGGCAGGCAGAUCUGAGAGCUUGUUUUGCAACUACCCUCAUCGUAUCUGCAUGCAAGACCGUUAUGAGAGCUAUGAAUACUGUUUGAACCAUAUUCUAGAAGACAGAUCUGCACCAUUCAAGCAAUGCAACUUUGUAUCUACCAAGACCGGUCAGAAAUGCCAUAAGCCUGCCCCCAAGGCUGAUCGCAAAGAGGGAUAUUGCCCAGCCCAUGCUCGAAAGGCAUCACAAAUGAGACACAAGGCUGCCUUAAAAGCAAAACCCACUGAUGCUGUCAAAGAUACUCUAGAUGAUCUAGACUAUUACAGACCAACUUCUGUUAGAUCUGUACCUGAGGUUCCUGCUUCUCUUGCAACCAAGAUUUUAGAUUAUGGGAGUGAGAGUGAAAGUGAAGGCGAUCCUUUACUGUUAGAUCAAGGAUGGAGAGGAACUACAGACAGUGAUGCUGAAAGCGUAGAUAGUGAACAGGAGGAUGCUCUCAAGUUUGCUGGGGUGUAUACUGCAGAAGAAACUGCUCUUAUCACAAGAGAUAAACUAAUCCGUCUACAAUCAUUAUACAUAAAUCAGUUCAAGAGGUUACAGCAUGUCAUGAAAGAAAAGAGACGGAGCUACCUGGUAGCUCUCAGACAAGAGAGGGAAGCGUUCGGAAUAGACUUCGGAGUGAUAACAGACCCCAAGCAGAAGCGAAAGUUCCAUGAGUACCAGGCUGCUAGAGGAUUCAGAAGAAGAAGAGGAAAAGAAGCUUUGCUUUACCAGAAGUCGAAACAGAGACGCAUCCAGGCCACACCAGAUUAUCAAGGAAAACAGAAUGUACCCCUUAUGCUCCAGUGCUGUUACAAAUCAUGUGAGGGCGAACAGUGCAACAAGUUCAGCUUGCCUCUGGCAAAGUUCUGCAAGGAUCAUAUUCUCAUGGACCCCAAACAAGUCCUAUACUCUGAGUGCUCAAAAGGAAGGGGAGUUUGUGACAAACCUGCAUCCCUCAUGUCACCAGAUGAAAGCUGUAUUUUGCAUAUGGGUUUACCCCAACACAAACCUUACAAACCCUAUGAACCUGAGCCUCCUCCACCCCCUCCCCGACCUAAACCCCCUCCUCCACCAACCGUCAUACCCCUCCCAGAAUCAAUGCUCCCACCAGCACCGAUCCUUCCAUCUCAGUUGGACUCUCAGAUAGACCAACUCCUGCAGUUUCAGCCACAGUUUCUGGAGCAACAGCUUCAGCAGCAUGUCUAUGAUGCCUCACAUUAUAUGGGUUCGUUUGCUCCUCCCGAUGUUGAAACCCCUGCUGCUGCCAGUGCCUCACCAGCCAAACCAAGAAAGCCUGGGAAGAACGUUGAAGAUGAGCAAGAUGAUGAUGCUCUUGAUAACAUCCAAGACAAUCUUAGUGAAGAUCAAUCUAACGCCAAGCCUGAUCAACAAACAGACAUUCAUGUAGAUGUUGAAACAGACACAGAUAUGCUGUCUCCUGAGGUAGAGCCUCAAGGUAUGGAACAAGAAUCCAGCAUUGAAAUUUCCAACCAAGACAAUCCUGUAUCCGAACAGACUGAUCAUGUAGAAUCUUUAUCAUCACCUAAAUCUGAAGAAGUGAAAGAUGCUAUGGAUACUCAAGAUGUAUUAAUAGAAACUGUCCUUUCACAGUCACCAGUAAGCACAGAUGGAAGUGAGAAAUCCUCCUCAGAUGAUGAGGUUGAUGAUACACAGAUUAUCUUGAAAGGAGAUACACAAGCAGAUUGUGAAUUGGAUACAGCAAGCAAUGUACAGCUAGAGACCUCUUCUACCAUGUCGAUAGAUGAGAAGGUAACAUCACAUAAACUCUUAAAACCUAACUAGGCCGGGGUAUUUUGGGAGAUCAUAUGGCCAGGGGGUCUCGAUGCCCCCUUGAUUUCUUGGUUUGUUGAUCGCACGAACACACCAAAAAUUGGCAGAGUCGUUGCCUGGGACUCAAUUUAUAAACAUAUACUGUCAUUUAAAGAAAAUUGCCUUCAAGUAAUUAUGCUAAUUUCUUCAGUGAUUUACGAACCGGCUCAACCUUGAUUUUCGGUCAAAUUUUCGAUUUUUUUUUUUUUUUUUUUUUUUUUUUUUUUUUGCAUAUUCUGAAAGCCCAUGAUUUACUAUAUUGAUUUGCCAAAUUUCAGAUCAACAUUCAUAUUAUUUGAAAAAUAAGGGCAUAUUUAAUAUUUUUACGAACCAGCUUAACCCCCUCCUUCGAUUUUACGAACUGGCUCAAACCAUUCUUUGUGUACUAUUAAGUCUUUGGAAUGGUGCGCAGGGGUCAAAGGCCCGACCUAGAUGCGGCACGUAGGCGGUGCGUAUGUGGUUUGCGCAGGAUUUGUGCCUCUAAAAAAACAUGCGCAUGGCAUGAAUGAUUUUACGAACAGGCUCAAACCGUGGUUUGUGCCGCUAAAAAACAGUGCGCAUGGUGCGCGUGAUUUUACGAACUGGCUCAAACCCCCUGUUUUGGGAAAAAAUUAGCAGCUUCUGAAAUGCAUACAAGUGCUUCAUUUCAAAUAUUAAAAGAAUAAAUACAAAUUGCGGACAAAAUUUUGUAUAUUACAAAAGAAUAGAAUGUAUGCUUUAAAUUGGUAUAUAUAAUUGAUCUGGUUGCUUUCAAAGCCCAAAGUUAUGAGCGUCUGAAAAACAUCCAAACUUUGAACGCGAUUAUCUCUAAAUCAUGUUUUGGAGACCAACCGAGGUUUGAGCUAGUUCAUAAAAUCACUGAUGAUUUAUGCAUAAUAGUAUGCAAAAUCAUAUUUUUUUGUACUAACUCCUUAAAUAAAGCUCCGCAUGUCUCAAUUUUUGGUGUAGAAAGUAGAAACACAUUGUGGUAGACUUGGACAUAAUGGUUAUUAAGUAUUACUGAACAUCCUACCAGAGUUUGAGGUCACAUGACCAAGAUCAAAGGUCAUUUAGGGUCAAUGAAUUUAGACCAUGUUGGGGGAAUCAAAAUCUUAAUCGAAGGUAAAGUAUUUGAAAUGUCAUAACUUAGAAAGUAUAUGGGCCUAGUUCAUAAAACUUGGACAUAACUGUUAUCAAGUAUUAUUGAACAUCCUGCCUGAGUCUUGAGGUUAUAUUGCCAUCAUAACUUUGAAAGUUUAUGGAUCUAGUUCAUGAAAUGUGGAUAUAAGGGUAAUCAAGUGUCACAAGUCUUCAUUCAGGUCAUUUAGGGUCAAUGAAUUUAGACCUUGUUGGGGGAAUCAACAUCAAAAUCUUAAUCGAAGGUAAAGUUUUUGAAAUGUCAACUUUGAAAGUAUAUGGGCCACAAGUCUUCAGUUACACGAUCAAGGUCAAAUGUCAUUUAGGGUCAAUGAACAUAGUAUUUUAUCAUCAUAUGAAUGGUUUCUUUUGUGAAUGAUUAUUCUAUAGUCGUUUUCAAAAUCAGCACUGCUGCUAUAUUGAAUCGCGUAAUACAGGCAAGACUGCCAGAGGCGCUCCACUUGUUUUGUCUUUUGGUCUUUCAUUGCUUUUUGUCUCGCGCACCAGAGGUUAAGGCGUAUGGGCAGCCAAAAGGGUUGAAAUUAACAAUCUUAAAAAAACUUUCAGAAAUAAAUGUAGUAUCUCAGAAAUACAUGUCGUCUUUCAGAAAUAAAUGCAGUCUGUCAGAAAAAAUUGCUGUUUCUUAGAAAUAUAUUAACUUCCUCAGAAAUAGAAGUAUCUCAGAAAAAUAACUUUCAGAAAUGAAUCAGAAAUAAAAGUAGUAUCUCAGAAAUAUAACAUUCAGAAAUGAAUACAUUACCUCGGACAAAU